CAGUACACGUGCGCAGUAGAUGAAUCAGCAAUUCAUUCCUUGUCACGCAGGACAAAGAUUUUGGGAAAGGAACUGAGUUGUGCAAACCGCGGGAACAAAACUUCUCCGUUUUCACCCGAUAACUGCACAGCCCACGUCCUCUUCCACAUUCUAGGAAGGUUUCACGACUAAGGGGGUAAAGGGAUAUCGAGAUUUAGAGCAAACUUUUGGCCGAAACCCGAAAGAAUUUCGCCAGGGAGGCUUCAUUUUACACGCCUUUUCUACAAUGUAAAUCUAAUACUGGGGUGAAAUUAGCCUUAUGUAUGAUAGAUAAAGAUGUCUACUGAAACCUUCUAUUAUAUAAAAGACAUCAAGCCGGGACUAAAGAACCUGAACGCGAUAUUUAUCGUCCUAGACAUAGGUCGCCCAACCCAAACGAAAGAUGGACACGAGGUUCGCUCGUGUAAAGUCGCGGACAAAACCGGCUCCAUCAACAUUUCCGUCUGGGACGAAGUCGGCGAGUUGCUUCAGUCUGGUGACAUCAUCAAGCUCAGCAAAGGAUAUGCCUCUGUGUGGAAAGGUUGUCUUACCCUGUAUACCGGCAGAGUUGGGGAUCUCAGAAAAAUUGGAGAGUUCUGUAUGGUAUUUUCAGAGGCUCCAAACAUGAGUGACCCAAACCCAGAAUACAUGCAGCAAAAUAAGGGAGAACAGGGAGGGGGAAAUCUAGCCAAUCAGCUUCCAGGACCACCAGCCAAUCAAGGGCCAGGAAACAGUGGCUCUGCACCAAACUUCAACCAAUCAGGAUAUCCAGUACCAGGAAACGGUAACUCGCAGCCAGCGGGCGGAUAUUCCAACGGAUCGCGAAUGCCCGGACCGGGAAUGGGAGGCUACGGACAACGAUAUCCUGGUCCACCGGGCAACGGAUCGCGUCCCUCGAACAAUGGCGGUAACGUUUCGCAUCACGGGAACGGUAGAGAUCCAAGACGUGGCGCGCGAAGAUAGCGGCGCAUAGCUAGGUUACGAAAUCACGUGAAACUCACAAGGCGUUGGUCCAUUGCGGAACUUUUAAUGGAUUUGAUGUUGUAAAGUCACUGUUAGGUAUAUUUUCACAAACGGAGUAUUAAACAUUUAUCAUAACUGCACAGUCUAACCUAUAACUGUCUGUAUAAUAUCAGAACUAAACAGUUUCAUCU